GCUCGACAAGUCAACUGUUAAUAAUAUAAUAAUUGUGGUUUUUGUGAAUGCGUAUAUAGUGUUUAUUUAUAAAUCGACCAGUGAAGGCCUAUCAAAAUGGCAACAGGAGUACCACCUCGAGAUGAUGAACCAUCACUCUCUCGCAUUGAUUUAGAAAAUAUUCAAGAAGCGAUGAAGCAAAAGAAAUUUCGAGAUUUGUUGGCCGAGUACUGCGAGGAAGUACGUGACCCGGCGAACCAAGCUAUCUAUCAGAAAGAAAUGACCCAACUCGAGAAAGAACGAGGCUACGACGUAACAUUUAUUAAUCCUAAGGCAGGUUAUGUCAUCAAAACAAGUGUUGCAGGUGACAGGAAAGCUUUUAUAAACAUUUGUAGUAAUGAAAAUGUCGGCAAACCAUCCGGCAACGUUCAGAUCGUCGACGGAAAGAAAGGCAUGAACUGGCAGGUGCCUUAUUCUCUUGUACCACCUCGAGAAGAUUACAACGACAAAAGAGAAAGAUGUGUGAUAUAUGACGUGGUGUUUCAUCCAGACACACUGCGGAUGGCAUAUGCUAAUAAUGAGUUCCGCAACUUGGUGAAUAAAACCGCAAUCGAGGGUUUAGCAAAGACAUACAAUAUCCAUUUAGACAGUAAUAAUUGCCGCUUUCCUAAGUCACAAUACAAGGGGUUUGCCGUUCCAUCUGUUAUAAGGACAGAAGAUCCAAACUACAAACCUCCUACAGAUGAAGAUGUUAGAGAACUGACACCAGAAAUUUUAGAGAAAUUGUAUCCACAAAAAAGUUAUGCUGGAAUGUCACCUGAGUCUAAAGAUGCAAGAAUAGCUUUGAAAAAUUCUCAACUCGAGCAACCUAAACCUAAGAUAGCAUCUAGUGCAUUGCCGCAGGCAAGAAGAACUCUGAUGAGAGAUAAGAAUGAAUUUACUCAUGCAACUGAAAAUGGAUACACUAUACCUAAAUAUGUCAUAAAACAGCAAAAAGCCAUAGAUUUGCAAGACUUCACCUACAAUAAAGACUGUAAACAAUAUUCUGCUAUUCCCAAUUGUAUAGUAGUGGAGAUCAAUCUUCCUCUCUUGUCAUCUACUAAAGAUUGCACUCUGGAUGUAAAAGAGAAAUCAUUAAGUAUAAAAUCUGAGAGCCCAGCUAAAUAUAAACUAGAUGUCUCACUUCCCUAUUAUGUUAACGAAGAAUGUGGUAAUGCAAAAUUUGAUAAAAAGAGACAUAUGUUAAUUGUUACCCUCCCAGUUAUGCGAAAACAUGUAACCCCAAUGAAUGAAUGUUCUUCAAAAAUUGAUAGUGGUGUAGAGAGUGAAGAAAACUCAGGUUCUCAGAGUGAUGAAGAAAAUUCUAGAGAAAAUUUAAUUGUAGAGUUGCCUUCAGCACCUGUAGAGUCUACUGCCCAACAAGUACAGCUACCUGAGUCCACAUUUAAAACUGAAACAUUUUUGAAUCCUUCAUUGGGUUACUCCCUGCCACCUUACACACAUAAUGUGCUGGAUGAUGUGAUAGCAUUCACUUUUCAUGUUAAAAAUACUGAGCCUGAAUCAGUUAUAGUAAAAAAGGAUGGUAACAAAAUUUUGAUAAAAUUUACAUCUGUUGGAUCAGGAUAUGUACCAGUACAUUAUGCUGCCAUACUUGCCUUUGAUGAGAGUGUUACAUUCGAAAAUGUGAGUGGAGAAGCAUGGGACAAUAAUGUAAUAUUACAAAUGGAACUAAAUGGAUAUGCCCCUCAGAAAUUUAAAAUUGGUAUAUGCGAAGAUUCAAUGUUGAUUGAAGAAUUUGAUGUGUCUGAAAUUAAGAAAACUUCAAAGGUUUUUGCAACUACUAAUUCAAUAGCUGCUCAAGAAGGAGAGCCAUCUCCUGUUGUGGAAGUGACCAAUUUAGGUUCUGAAACGAAUAUAGUUGUAUCUUCCAACAACUCUGAUGAACUUGAUGAAGAUGAUGACGAUGUUAACUCUCCUAUUCUUAAAGACGAAGACUAUAAAGAAGAGAUUGUGUGGACAGACACCGGAAAUUCUGAAAAUGGAGCUAAAGGCAUAUUGCGUAAACCACCUACAAUGAGGAGUUUUUCAGAGUCUAGUGUAGAUUUUGCAUCAUCCAUGGAUUACAUCAGCUCUGAUUGUAUUCCAGAAGAAUUUAGUUUGAAAAAGACUGUUAGGUUUAACGAUGUCAUUGCCCGACAAUUUUAUAGGUACAAUUCUUCCAUUGAAGGACAGAAAAAGAAAAACCAACGUAAAAAAAGUAAAAAACGUAAUCAAGAGCAGCGAAAAAGUGAAAGUGAAGCUGAAGAUGAGGUUUUCAAUUUGUCAAAGACUACCAGGCCUAAGUUGAAAUCGGCGAUUAAGUUACGCCGCGACAGCGGACUUGCAGAUACUUCUGAUGCUGAAGUUGAUUGCAAAAACGAAUCAAGAGAUCAUGAAACUACUCUCGAUAUGUCUAAGAUGUCCCAUGGGUUUGAAGAGCAAUCAAAUGAAAAUCUUAGAUCUGUGCUGAAUAUUGUCGAUAACACGGAUGAAGAAGCAAAAGAGUAUGAUGUAAAAUCUGAAAUGUUGAGUGAUAAUACAAAUGAUGAGAACAAGCAAUACUCUACUGAAGGCAAGAAUGACAAUAGGGUCAGAGAAACCACUAAGUCUGUGCUGAAUAUAAUCAACAAUAAGAGUGCUGCAAAUGAAAAGGCAGAACCUGCUAUUUGGGAAUCUGAAGCAUCUAUACCUCCUAACCCUGACACUAAAAAUGAAGAAAAAAAAGAGACCUCUUGUGAAUCAAUCACCUGUGAUAGUAUCAAACAUAAAACCAACCUGUAUGACCCCUCAAAAUUAAACAAGGGUCACUAUCUAGAAGUUAAGUUUAAAAAUGAUCUCAUAUUUGAUUUGGACAUGUGAGAUUUGCAACCUGUGUUGCAAUUCUUUUAAAGGGAGUCAUACCUUUUAGUAUACUGUCUAUAAAAACUUCUAAUAUACUGUCUAUCACUUUAUUACACAGUGGGUUUUGUUGUCUUGGAACUGACAAGUAUUAUAUAUUUUUCUUUAAAAGGCUUAUAUUUAAAUUGUGUUCCUUUAUAUUGUGAAAAUGUAUUUAGUGUGCUGCAUAUUUUGGUUUAUGGCAAUGGUAGCAAUGUUGAUCGUGAACACCAUUGUGCGAAGUGUUUGAUAAUUCUGUACCAGUGUUGUUUAAGCUUUUAUCUACUUAAUUUUAAUUUCCACCUACUUAAUUUUAAUUUCCAUAUCAUGCGUCCGUAAUAUCAGCAAUGACCCAAAACAAUUGGCACUAAAUAUUUCGGGUACUUACUAAAUGUGUUCACUUAUUUUUGACAAUAUUAAUAUUAUGCGUAGUUGUCAUCAAUGCAUUUGUAUGGUACAAAUUAGGUUAUAAUAAUGUUGUAUUAAACAUUUCUUACUUAUAUGUGUUUAGAUCACUAAGCAUGCACGUUUUGCAAGUAAUAAACUUUUAAUUGUGACAAAUAGUAGAUCAUUGAAACUCUUCACGCUGAAAUGGGAUUGAAGCAUAUAAGGAGUAUAUGAAUUUACAUCGUCUGGACGAGUUAGUAAAGUAUGACUUGGUGUGUUAGUAAAGUAUAUUUCAGUAACUACAGAUAAGCCAUCAUAUUGUUAUCUGUUUUAAAAUGUUCACUGCUUACUUAUCAGUGCCUUUAUGAAAUUCCUAAAUUCUUAUUGAUUUAACAUUUUGGGUAUAAACACAGUUAUUUAUCAGCUGUUGUCAUAAACCAGGCAUUUUAGUGACUAGUGUGAGUAAUUAAAAGUUAUAUUGUGUACUACAGAAGUUAUGUUUUACGUAAAUUUUAAUUAAUCAUUGUCAA